AUGCAAUGGUGCGAGUGCUGUAAAGAUGCAUCUUCUGCUCAAAUUUGCCAAAUUGCCUCAGAUGACACCCUUGAAGCAACCUCACAGUCGAGAAACGUAAACAAAGACGAACAAAGUUAUGGAUUACGUGUGCAUAUUGCUAGGAUUCACUCGAUGGAAAAUUGUUUUUAGUGAUUAUUUCAAUUUUUUUCACAGACAGAUGAAUCGACAACAUAUACUUUGUCACAAGAAUCUAGCUGGAGCACUUCCUUAGAAGGAGAAAUACACCUCACAGAUGGAAUAGAAAAUCUGAACACCUUGAUGUCUCUAAGUGGUGGCCAAGUAAGCCCAAUAAAGUUUCAGCUGAAAACUCCAUUGAGGGAGGUCCAGUCUAGCACAAAAAGAUAUUUAAAAAGGAAAGCCAAGGAGGUAGUGUAUACAGUUCUCAAUCAUUUGGCUCCAGGACAAUCCAGUGAUAUGUUCCAGUUACUUUAUGAAGACAACUGUCAUGAGGAUACAGAGCAAAGUGAUAAAACAGAACUUGAAAUCACUGAUACAAUUCUUCAAAUCUAUUGUGAAGCUGAAAACAAUGCUCUCAAACGUCAACUUCUGUCCCUGCUGUCAUUGCCGAAUGCACAUAGUAAAUCGAAACUUCAGAAACUCAUUCCAGGACUUACAAAGUGGGAAAUUGAUCAAAGUCGAGCACAUGCUGCAUCUCAUGGAGCAGGUUCUUUACCAGGACCUGUGGAACCAGGAUACCGGCAUCGCAUGAACAAAGAAAAGCUGGAGCAUGCUUUAUCUUUUUUCUUGGAUCCAAAAUUUCAGCAAAUUUGUUCAUAUGGAACAAAAGAUUUGCAUUGUGACAAUGGACAGACUGUUACCAUACCCCAAAUUCUACUCUGUACAAUAUUCUGGCUACAUGCUCUGCGUCAUGCUAAGAGAACCAACCUAACAGGUCUAGACAACAUUGCCACUGAUGGUGCUGCAGCUGUAGAUCUAAUAAAAAUGUGUGACCAAUUAAAAGGAUUAGGAUCUGAAACAAAUACAGUUGCCAAUCUCACUACUGCGUUAAAAUCCCUAAAGAUGUACCUCAAGAAGAAUGUGAUCAUUCCCAUGAAAAAAUUUGUGGAAAAUGCAAGAUCCUCAAUGAAAUAA